CACCAACUCCCAGUACAACAAUACAUCAAGAGCAAGUAGAUUCUUGCAGCACCUGAGCUCAAAAAAAAAAGAGAAACAUAACCCAGUCUCUCCAUCGAGCCCUUGGAGAAUUCCCGUGUAACAGCCCCCCUGUCGCAGCGGAAAAACCCCAACCGAAAUCGUCAUAUGACAAGUGGGUCUUGAAUUUAGCACGUGAUGGACUCUGAAUCGGUAAGCCCGAGAAGACCAGACCUGGUUUCGAACUUGAGGCAUGAGUUUAGAGCGAAAGGCUGAUGAACUACGGAACUAGAGACAUCACGACACUCACGCACUGCCACCUCAUGCAAUAUGCGACCUCUACUUUCAUUACCAAAAGAUGUCUGACUCUGAUGUGUCAAAUGAUGUCUCAAUCGUAGAUUUUAAAAGAGGUUUAACCGAUACGCAAAAGGAGGUGAUAGUUCCCGUAGAUACGGUCUCUGCAGAGGUGAUCGGUGAAGCGCAACGUGUGUUUCGAGAGAGCGGAAAGGAUUUGUGCGCGAGUGGAGAUAUGGGGGUAGAAGUUGAAGCUUGUACAAUUUAUGAGCAUACGAGUUUUCCAGGUACGUGAAAUAUCACUUAGCUUUAUUCGAAAGCUGAAGCCAUUGCUGAUGAACCACACAGGCUUGAAAUUAUUCCCCAGUCUCCUCCCUCCAGAAUGUCAGGUAAUGAUGAUUUCCCGGCUCCUCCAUAGAGAGCUCUCCAAUCCUCUCCACAAAACAAACAUCCACCAUGACUACAACAUCCCAUAUCCACCUCCAUCAAAGGGAUCCAGUACUGCCAACCAACCAUCAUCAUUCUUCACCCUGCCCCAGUCCUCAAAACCAAACACCCUAACACCACUUAAUCCCCAUUCAAACCACAAACCGUUGAACACUGUCCAAUUCCUCCAAAAGAAGCUGAGAUGGCUGACUCUCGGUUCACAAUAUGACUGGACAACUCGUUCAUAUCCCGAGUCUUCGCCAACACCAUUUCCUCCCGACAUCGCCGAACUGGUAACGACUCUCUUUCCAUCCUCCUUCACCCCAGAAUCAGGCGUAGUCCUCCUGUAUUCACCAAAAGACUAUAUGCCCGUUCACCGCGACGUAUCGGAAGAAUGUCAACGUGGCCUCGCAUCAUUUUCCCUCGGUUGCGAUGGACUCUUCAUAAUUGCCAAGGAUAAGUAUCCCGGUGGUGAUGAGAGAGAUGAGGGGAGGGAACAAGAGAUGGUUGUUUUGCGGGUGAGGAGCGGUGAUGUGGUACAGAUGAAUGGUGAGACGAGAUGGAGCUGGCAUGCUAUGCCGAAGGUUAUGGCAAAUACUUGUCCUGAAUGGUUGAGCGAGUGGCCGUUUAAGGAAGGGGAGGGGGCGAGGAAGGAGUUUGAGAAAUGGCGGGGAUUUAUGAGGGGAAAGAGACUUAAUAUUAGCUGUAGGCAGGUAUGGGGAUGA